AUGGUGGCGAAGGACGACUGGACGAGGGCCGCGAUGACCGACGACGUCCUCGUCGUCGAGCUACUGCUGCGGCUCAAGGAGUCACGAGCGGCGACGUCGUCGUCGUCGCUUCUCCAGUCUCGCUUCACGGCCAAAUCCGUGCUUCCGCGGUGGGGGAUGCGUCUGCCACGUAGCAAGGCGGCGGCGUCCUCGAGAUGCGAGGCUGUUUGGAGCAGGAGUAACAAGAGUAAGAAGGACGACUCGACUAGAUGCAGCCCUACGACGCCGCUCUCGUGGAGCGGCGGCGGCUCGCCUUCUGGCACUGCCGAUGGAUUCGAAGAGUCCAGCCGUCCCAGAUCCAAGGUUACUGCUGCGUAUGAAUCCACUAGCACCACUAAUGGAAUCAAGAGGGCAAGAAAGAAGAAGUCAUAUGAUGAGCUUAAAGAAGAGGAAACUUCGUUGUUGAAAGAAAGGACGAGUUUGAGAAAGGAAAUAGCGACAUUACAGACUACCUUUAAGGAGCAAAGAGCCAAAAAUGAGAACUUAAAGAGAGCGAAGCUAGACUUGAACUUGCACUCUUCUGCCACAAAUUUGAUUGCGUACUUUGAUGGAGCCGAGAACGCUAUUGCCAGUCAAGCCCAUCAAAGAACAGCACCUCCUAGUUUCAGUCACUUUCCUUCACAUUUGCUUUCACAUGUCACACCUUAUGUUCAUCCAUAUCCACAAUUGGAUUCCUGCGAUGAACACAAGGCUGUUUCGUCAUCUGGGAACAAUUCUUUCGUGCUACCUGAUCUAAACAUGGUGCCUUCCGAGGACUCUGGUUCGGAGAUUUUGUACGGGAUGAGCUGAGACGGAAAGCAAAGCAAAGCAUAAUGGUGUUUCAAAUGUAACAUAGCACAUUGCCUGAAAGCUUUUAUAAGUUCUAUAACAAGAGUCAGCAGCAUUCAGUGGAAGUUACCGAAUAUAACCUGCUCUGAAUCCCAUCGGUUUAGAAUUUUACCAAAUGGGAAGUUGACUAGUGGAUGGAGAAAGUUUUGAGGGGUUUGUGUUUAGUAAAUUAGCAGUAGACUGUUAAUUAUGUGACAAAGGUUCCUGCUUUUUUCUCUAAACAUUCUUUUAUUCGGGGUAAAACCCUCGUUUACUUCUCCUUCUUCAGAUUAUUUAGCUCAUAAGUUGUACCAUUCCUUGUAGUUUCAAACGUUGUUAGACUAGUUUUUCAGUUUUCACAGUUUUACAGUGUAGUUGAAUUUACAAUUCACCAGAUCCUUUUUAUGGGAGAUUGAAUUGAAAUGAAAUUCAGAAUUAAC